GCGGUGGCAAUGCUGCUGGCUGCUGCUGCCGUUACGGCCCUUGAGGUAACAGCGAUGACCCCUCGCUGCGAAACGGACAGCCGCGUUGUGAACCAGGCGGCUCGCAACGGAUCUUUCUGGGCGCUACGAAUGCUCGACUCGUGGGGUCAGCUGCCGGUGCCUGGAUUUCUGGAGGGGAACACGGCGCUGCUGGGGAACUUUGACGAGUGCCUGAAUGCCGGCGCCAAGUACUGUCUGGCCACCGUGCAUCUGCCGCAGGCUUCACUGAGAAAGCUCCUUGACGGCAACGCCCCUACAGACGACCUCCUGGCUGCGCAGAGGCAGGUGCUGGCGACCACGCCGGGCACGCUCUGCGCUGGGCGGCAUGCGUGCCCCCGUCCUGUGACCCAGCAGACGUGGUGGUCCUGCUGCAGAAGCGGGUGGCCAGCCUGCUGCCCGGUGUCCAGGCAGACGCUGUAGCAGUGGACGUGCAGCAAAGCCUCUGCAGUGUCAACGAGACGUCGCCACUGGAGCCUAAGGACUGGGC